UUCGGAUCCGAGGCACGAGGUAUCUAUCCCCUGGCUGUCCAGUCCAAGAAAGCGACAGACGACCUUGGACGGCCCGGGCGCUUCUUCGCCUCUCCUCUCCGGACACACUGUAAAGGUCCAUCGCUUUCUCGUGGCAAAUGGCAGGUUCCCCUCGUUUCUGAGAAGCGAACGCGGGAUCUCUUGACGCAAACCAGGUCUCCAGUUCUCUGCGGUUGUCGAAAACGUCCCUCCCUCCCUCCGGAGAAACGCGCGUCCGACUUCGCGCGGCUCUCACUCACACCCCAGCGCGAGGGCGGGCGAGGCGGGCAGACAUGCCGGGUGGAGGGUCUGGAUUUUUCUUUUCGACAAAUCUCUGGCAAGACUGGAUAGUCUUUCUUUUCUGCUGCCGCUCUCGUUCUUUCGUUCGAGAAGGGAUCUUCUGUCGAAACGAAGACUCGACUGGCGAGACUUGUGCCCCUCCCGCUGUUCCCGACAAGUGAGGCAGCCACACAUCGUGCGGAUCUCGCCGCAAGAGUCUGCCAAGAAUAGAUUUGCGUUUUCGUAGUCUUUUGGACGAAGAAAGGAAAACCUUUUCGCGUUUCUGCUGGCGAGAGGUCGAGGAGAAGAAAAGCUUCGGUCUGUCCAAGAGCGCCUCUUUUCUCUCUGCACACCCGCCGUUCCGUCCUCUCAUUCCUGUCCUCUCGCGUCGUGUGUCUUGUUCACUUCGUGGCUGUCUUCUCUCUUGUCUGGUGUUUGACGUAUUUUAAUUCGUUAUCUCGGGUGUUCAGAACUCCCGUUUGGACCUCGUGCUCGGUUUUUGUAGGCAGUCUCCUCGAUUCCUUCGCCCAGUUCCCUCGUUUCCUUCUCCUCGCUCAACCUUCCCCCUUGUUUCUUCUCGUCCUCGUCACUUCUCCUCUCUCCUUUCGUCUCUUCCGCUUUCACCCUUCGUCUCAGUUGCUUCGGACUCGUCGUCCGCCUGUCCCAGCAGCUCUUCUUCUCCCUUUCCUCUUUCUCUCCGCGUGUCUCCUGUCUCUUCACGAAUUCUCCGCUCGCGUCUCCGCCCUGCCUUCGUCGUCGCGAUGGCAAUUUCGUCUGCCCUUAUCCAGCAGCGCGUGGAGGAGCAGGUCCUCAAGGCCUUGGAGGAGAAGGAGGCGCAUCUCGACGCGGCUCUCGAGGCGGCUGCAGCAGCUGAGGCGCAGCAGAAGAGCAGGGCCGGAGGAGGCCUGGACGACGAAGACUUGGAGGAGCUGCGUGCGCGACGGAGGAAGCAGCUGCAGCAGCAGCAACUUCUGCUGGAAAAAUUGCGAGAAAAGGGUCACGGUCAACUGCAGGAACUCCACAACGAGAAAGACUUCUUCCAAGCUGCAAAGGAGUCCAAAAAACUGAUUGCUCACUUUUUUCGUCCGUCAAAUCGUGUCUGCGACGUCGUGGACGCUCGACUCAUUGAACUGGCCCGUCGCCACAUCGACAUUCGCUGUGUGAAAAUCAAUGCGGAGAAAACUGCCUUUCUCUGCGAACGCCUGAAAAUUUGGUGUCUCCCCACACUCGUGCUCGUUUCGGACGGAAAAACCGAGCAUUCAAUUGUCGGCCUCGACGAACUCGGAGGCGACAAGUUUACUCUCGAUGACCUAGAAACCGUCUUGCGCCGGUGGAACUUGCUGCCCGAGGAAAAGUGAAGAGGCGCAUGCAUUCGUCUAUGCCGUCCGUUUCUGUGAAUCUUCCGUAUGUGCGCACUGUCGUAGCGGUAUACGAGUAUUCUGAGCGUCGCCUUCUCCGUUUCAGAGUCAAAAGGAGGACUCAUUCAUGCGGUGUGUUGUCACUUGUAAAAACGUCGAUGAACGUACGCGUAGAUGUGUGCGUCUGUGUCAUGGGUAGCAAGAAACGAAUUCUAAAUCCAAAGUGGAGACCGUCAACUUCGUCUCCGCAUCUUGGCACUUUUCCAACCGUUGAUCUUGAGGGAUUGGGUGGUGGAAAGCAAUCUGCCUUGUUUAUGCUCACUUUUUACCGAUAGACGACUGAAGAGAAAACGCAAUGAGCCCUAGAUAGAGAAACGCUAGAAAGCAGUAGGUAGCCGGCUCAGGGGUGUACAGCUACUUGGAGUGGCAGACGCUGGAAUCGUCACCAGCUUCGUUCGGUGCAAAAAAUAAGGGAUUGACACUUGAGAAAGUUGAACGCGUUUCUCCCGCUGGAAAGGAA